UUAGUUUAAGAUAGCUGAAAGUAAACAAUUUUGGCUAUCCAAAGUAAAGGAAACCGUCGAAUUUAUUUACAGUCAUAAUUGUUUUAUGAAAGAAAUUCACAACUGUUAAUAUGAGAUGUCAACACUCAAAUUGAUUCCUGAAAUUGUUACUGUGCAUGUAAAGACGAGAAUGUGUGAUCUUUAAAAGAGCAAGAGUGAGAAAAAUAGUCAACUUCUGGAAAUUGAAGCGGUUAUCAAAAUGUCAGAUACAUUUCAAAAUAUUAUUUCCAACUUGGUAUGGGGUUUCAGAGAUAGCAUCUUUGGAAUGUUUAAAGCAUUCAAGCUUGAUUCUGAAAUCCCGACAGAACAUAGUUCGAGAACUGUUGAACCUAUGACAGCACUUGCUAAACGGAGAGCAGAAAAAUCUAAACAUAAAGAUACAGUAAAAGAAAGCAAUGAACCAAAAGUAACUCAGAGGAUUGCUUUAUGUUGUGCAUGGAAUGGUGGUGUUUGUUUGAUGAGUAUAUUUAUAUUUAAUUAUUGUGUUUUACCAAUUAUAUUUUGGGUGACAGAAAUUGUCUCAGCCAGAGCCGGCAGUUCUAACACAGUAUGGUCUUGGCUGUCCGUCUUGCUAUCUGCAACAUUUGACGCUCUUUGGAUUCUACCGUUAUUUGUUCUUUCAAAAAUAGUCAACUGUUUCUGGUUUCAGGAUAUAGCAGAUGCCGCUUAUUUAAAAACAAGAGGUAAACCACAGUUACCUAGCAUAAGUAGAUUUAUAGCUGAUAUGUCUUUUAGUUUAUUAUUACAAGCUCUAUUCUUAAUACAGGCCAUGUUGAUCAAAUUAUUACCGAUAUGGGGAAUUGGACAUCUGAUUAGUCUUGUACAUAUCUGUUUACUUUAUGCUUUAUAUGCAUUUGAAUACAAGUGGUUCAAUAUGGGUCUAGAAGUGCACACAAGAUUAGCUCACAUUGAAACCAAUUGGGCAUACUUUUGUGGAUUUGGUUUGCCUUUAGCUGUAGUAACAUCCCUCCCAUCUUCUAAUUUUCAAAGUGGCUGUAUAUUCUCCAUUAUAUUUCCACUUGUUAUAAUUAGUGCUAAUGAGGCUGUUGAACCUACAGAACCAUUUGAAUUUCCUUUAAAACUUUUUGCCCCUGUAGUAUCCAUAUCUAACAGUAUAUUUCAUCGAUCUGUUAGUAAACGGAUAAGAAAUGUCUCCAGUUCCAGCAGUCGUUCCUCAUCCACAUCGUCAACUCCUCAGAAAACAAGACAUUGAUGUUAAUAUAUAAUGUAUGGCUACUGAAACCAUGUGAUAUUAUUGUUAGUGAUUACACUUUUACUAGUGUUGAUUUACACAUAUGUAUGUGACAAUCAAAGUGAAAUUCUUCAUUCAGUAAAACUAUAACAUCCAAUCAGUGUAUGUGAUAUCACUUCAUGGAAUUACAACAACUAAAGGAUUUUCAAAUUUCAUUCGGGUGUGCGAAAAUGUAGGUUUACUACAAUUACUGAAUAAUUUAAACUACAGGUCUCUCAUAAUGUCACGUGUAUAACAGAUACCUAAUUUACAAUAGUUUGGGUAAAAUUGUGGCAUGUACGAGUCCAAAGAUUUUUAUUUUUAUUUUUUUUUAGCUAUGAAUUUGAGAAAUACUAGUGUAUAAAUAUUUUAUACAAAUGUGAUUUUUUUUGUUUAUGUAUGUAACAUAGUUCUAGUCUCAAUGCUUUUUUUUUCAUAAAGCUACGUUUCUCAGUGUCUGUCAUAUUUGACCACAGUUACUCGUAAACUGAAAACACCUCCAUAAAAGUAGGCCUAUUGUUUAAAACUCACCAGUAUUUAAAGUAGUCCGUAGAUAGCCUUAUAUUACAAGAUUAAUAAUAAUAAUAGUGUAUAUUUACAAUGCGCAAAUUUCCAUACACUAAGCAAUGCUCAAAGAGCUAAACACUAUGUACCGGUACUCUAUAUAUCUUUCACUAUUUACACAACAGUAUAUUCGGUAAAAUACAACUGUAUUCACAUUUAAACAGAUGAGUCUUUAAUUUCGAUUUGAUUUUGAAUGAUAUUCCAGUGAAGGGGCAGAUUAGGAGCACUGAACCGAAAACAUGAAUUAGAUCAGACAGAUAUGUUGGACUAGUGCCAUCUAUAUACAUGACAGAAGAAAAUUUUGUAGCGGAUUCUUGAAUGGACAAGAUUUUUUAAUAACAGUUGGGCAUGUUUUGAAGUGCGACUGACUAUCCUGAAAGCAGUAUUUUUAAUAAUUUGUAGUUUUGAUAUUUAAGUUGCGAUUUAGACCACUCAAGAUGCUGAUAUUUAAGUUGCGAUUUAGACCACUCAAGAUGCUGUUGCAGUAAUCCAGUCUAGAAAAGACUAGUGAUCUAACAAUCAAUAUGCUAUAGGUUCUUUUUCAUACCAACAAGAAUGACUUUGGUAUUGUCAUGGUUUAAUUUUAACUUGCUCGACGUCACCCAAGACGAGAUUUCCUGAGUACAUGAUGAUGUCAUAUGGAAUGAGUUAGUAUAUUGACUAAUUUCCUUUUAACCGGUCCUAUUUAUCGCCUACAAGAACUGACAAUAGUGCCCAAAAUAUUGUAAAAUGUGACCGACAAGGAAAGAUAUGUUAUAGAUAUGCACAUUUAAAAAUCAUAUCCAAAAUUCAAAUGUUUUCAUAAUUAAAUGACAAAAUUAUGGAUUAUUGAAAUUUUGACAAAAGCGUUCUUACUAAUUACAGACAAGAACUGACAAGAAUGUUUUAUUCUGUAAAUCUCAUUUAUCCAUAAUUUUUUUUUUUUUAUGUGUAGAAUAUGCAUAUCUAUAACAUAUGUUUCCUUGUCGGUCACUAUUUGUUGAUUAGUAAGACCCUUUCAGGUAUAAAUCAUUAAAUAUGUAGAAAGAGAAGUGGGAUCUAACAUUGAAUCGACACCAAUUAGGUUAUUUCAGGAUUAACAUAUGAUACAUGUAUUGUACAAUUUUAUUUCAAUAAAUUGCUUGUGCGUAGGGGUUUUUGGCAAUGGGAGGAAACCAGAGGACCCCAAGAAACACAUGAGGUUGGGCAGGAGACAUACAGGUUUGGGACCAAAACCAAAACUUGACUACCAAACCCCCCCCCCCCCCCUAAUCAUAAAGGAAACAAAAAAAGAAAGUUGGUAUACAGUAGACUUGAUUAGCAUAGCGAUUUGAUGAUAUAUUUAUUAAAAGAAUUAAUUAUCUAUCAAAAGUUUGCUUCAAAUCCCUCUUAAAACAUUUUAAUCGUAGAGAACUAUACAAGCCGUAAAAAUCUAUUUUAAGCCUCCUUGUUUGUCAUGUGACUUGAUUGAAGGAUGGUCCAUUUUUAGCUUUUAUUUAUAUUUAUGGAUAUCUUUCAGGGAAUCCAGUAUUUUCUGAGUAAGAUUGGAUGUCUCUACUUGCUAUGUAUACCAAAUUUGUCAUACUUUUAUUGGAAAUAACUACCCUAUAAAUACUUUUGUGAGAAUGCAUCUUUAACCUGCACAGGGAAAGAAUUUCUACAAAUAAGCUAUUGUUUAUUGUUAAAAUAAUUCUUUUCCAGGUCCAGUUUGCAUUUCUUUAUAGCUGGAAACACUGCAGAUUGCAUCUUGUAUAAUUGCUAGUGUAUGUAGUAGUUGCAUUUCUAGCUUGAUCCAGUAGUUGUUGCAUUUCUUGUUGUUUAGCUAGGUGAACAUCAGCCUUAAAUAUCAGAAUAUCUAUUUAUACUCUGUAUAUAAAGAACUUCUUUCCAUAAUGCUUCCACUUUCAGCCUGGUAGUAGAAACACUUACAGAAUGAAAUUUCUUUUAUUUGUAUAUAAUUUAUAACCAAGUUUUCAUAAUUGUAUCAAAUUAUCAUUAUUAAAUGUGCAUAAUUUAUGUAUUUAUUAGAGUUGAUUUGUAUAUAAUAAUAUAUGUUUUUUAGAAGAUGCAUAUGUGAGAUCCAUGCAUUAGUUUUCAAAUAUUAAUUUUUAGUGUACAUAAGUUUUUUUAUAUUACUGAAUGUAUAUUAAAUUAAUUGCAAUAUUUAACUUUCAUUUUCUAUAAUUUUCGAAUCGUUGUAAUAAAAAGAGUUUUAUCUAUU